UGUUUUCGAUUCCGAGAGAUGCUCCCGCCAUCUCAGUUCAAGCCGACUUUUAAGAUAACACUCGUUUAUUAAUGAAAACAAACAUUGCUAAUACACUUCAUUCUCGCAGUAACUACGUUACAAACUGUAACAAGUUGUAAAGCACAUUUUUAUUACUUUAAAGAUCAAUGCAGUGAUUAGAAAUAAGAAAAAUGUGGGUGUUUAUUGGAAUUAUUGCUGCAUUAGCAGCUCUGGUUUAUUUCUACGUGAAGAAGAUUUUUAGUUUUUGGUCAAAGAGAAAUGUGCCGCAAUCAGAUGUUUGGACUUGUGUCGUUGACAUCCAGAAAACAGUAUUUAGUUCGAUGAAUUUCUUUGAUUUUUGGGAACAGUUUCACACAAGAACCAAAAAUUAUAGAUUUUUCGGGGGAUAUCAAUUUACAACACCAGCAUUAUUUCUACGAGAUCCAGAACUGAUCAAAACAAUGUUAGUCAAAGAUUUCGAACAUUUUCCCAAUCAUAGAGAUUUCGCUGAACCUGACGCUGAUCCAAUUUGGUGCCGGGGCUUAUUUGCUCUUAAAGGUGAAAAAUGGCGUGCAAUGCGUGCUACCCUCAGCCCAUCCUUCACCGGUUCCAAAAUGAAAGCAAUGUUUACUCUAAUUGACAAAGCAGCAAAAGACUAUGUUGAUUUUUAUAAAGCAGGACCAUCGCAAUUUACCAUGGAAUGCAAAGAUUCAUUUACCCGUCUUUCCAACGACAUUAUCGCUACUUGUGCUUUUGGUAUCCAAGUAAACUCGUUAAAGGACCCCAACAAUGAAAUUUAUUUAGCUGCUAAGUCAGCUUUUAAUUUUGGCGGAGUUCUAAUCAUUCUUAAGUUUAUGUUGAGCGAAUCUUGUACUUUUUUUAAAAAGAUGCUAAAGCAGCCAAUUUUUUCGGAAAACACAAGAAAAGUAUUUAGUAAUGUCAUUACCGACACAUUAAAACUACGUGAAGAACAGAACAUUAUUCGACCUGACAUGAUACAUCUCUUAAUGGAAGCCAGGAAAGGUCUUUUGAAACACGAAGACGAAAAUGAAUCAACGCCCAAUGACACAUUUUCCAUGUUGGAACCUUCACAAAUUGAUCGCAAUGAAAAAUUACGCCUGACUGAACUCACUGACCUUGACAUCAUUGCACAAGCCAUGCUUUUUGUUGCUGGUGGUUUUGAAACAGUUGCCACUACUUUGAGCUUACUCGCGUAUGAACUAGCUGUCAAUGUACACGUUCAAAAUAGAUUACGAGAAGAAAUUAAGGAAUGCUUUGAAAAACACAAUAAUCAAUUUAAUUAUAACGCCAUUCUGGGCAUGCAAUACAUGGACAUGGUAGUCUCCGAAUCUUUGCGAAAAUGGCCGACUAAUAAUAUGAUUGAUAGGGUUUGUGCUAAAACCUAUGAAAUUCCUCAUAAUGUUGAAGAUUACAACGAACCAAAAGUAACUUUACAUCCUGGUAAUGUUGUAAUACUCAACGUAUACGGCAUGCAUCGAGAUCCUUCUAUAUAUCCAGAACCAGAAAAGUUUGAUCCAGAAAGAUUCAAUAAUGAGAACAAACAUAAGAUUACUCCUUAUAAUUAUAUGCCGUUUGGAGUUGGUCCAAGACAUUGUAUUGCCAUCAAGUUUGCUCUGAUGGAAAUGAAGACAAUUUUGGCUCAUUUACUGCUUAAUUAUGAAUUGUAUCCCGUUGAAAAAACACACAUUCCUAUGAAAUUAGAGAAAAGUUCUAUAUUUAUGGCAAAGGGUGGCUAUUGGUUAGGAUUAAAACGAGUUGAGUACUAGAUUUAAGAUAGUUAAUAAAUAAAGCACAUAAAAUUUGUUGUUAAAUCAAAAUUGACAUGUCUUCUGACGUUGUAAAAACCAGCUAUCUUUUCUGAUAUACUUUCUAAAAAUAAAUGUUAUGUAAAUAAAAGUGUAUCAUACAAA